CCAAGCAAAUCGAUCAUACGUUAAUCCUAAGAAUAUUAUCUUAAAUAGGAAUUAACAGCAAUCAAUGUUAUCUAGGCAUAUAACUCACCCCUGAUAACGUAAAGUAUAAAAACUACAAUAUUUUGUUUCAACAGUACAGUUGUUGGAAAACUAAACCAAAAGCUAAAUAUGAAAUUCUUACUCAUCUCUGCUGCUCUCGUGGCUGUGGCCUUCGCCAGCCCAGUCUUCGUCGAGCCAGGACUAACUGGUCCAUCUCCCAUUGUCAACGACGACUCAUACGAAGGCAUCUUCGCUGAUCCCGCUAUCAUCGAACAGGAUUCAAUCAGCGUUGGCCCUGAAUUUGUUGACGAUGCAGUGAACGCCCCUGUCUCCCCUAUUGUUCAAAUCAUCCUGAACAUCAACUCCCAAACUCAUGUUAUCGACGUGCCCGUAAACCCAGUGGAGGAAAUCCCCCCCACCCCAGUGAUCGUUGUCGAGGAAGCUGAAGAAUCUGAUGUUGUUCCCGAGCCCGUCCUCAUCGGCAACCCACAACUCCCCGUCGUCCCCGCCCCCGUACAAAUCGGAACCCCUGAACUCCCCGUCGUUCCCUCCCCCGUCAUCAUCAUGCCCGAUGAACUCAACUAAAUUUGUAAAGUAAGAUUCAGUUGUUUGUGGACGCUGGUGCUGUAAAUAAAUGUCAAAUACGUUUUGUAA